GUCCUAAAGUGUUUUAAUAAAAAUUUACUCUUUAACAAGAAAAAAUUUUGCCUAUUUUUUUAGUUUUUUCCUCUUCCUGCACAAAAGUGUAAAAAAGAAGAAGAAUAAUUUUCUUAUUACAAAAAUUAAUAAAUCUUUUGGAUAUGGUAGCAUGCAUAGGAGAUUGCAGUGCAGUUGGGCCACCACCUGACAUGAUAUUAUCAAUGCCUCCACCACCACUUCCAUCAUUUUUGUUACCAAGGAGUGCUAUUGUUGCUUUAUCAAAUAAUGAUUCACAACCAUGCUUUGCUGCAUUUAUGUGUGAACCAAAUCCUCGUCCCCGCGAAAGUGGUAUCGAAUUAAUUGAAUUAACUGGAAAAGGACAAAUUGCAUUAGAAGAUUCUUGGCUUUUUAUAUUAGUUUCAUGUUGUGUUGGUGUUUUAUUAUUGGGAGCAUUAUUAGCUUUUGUUUUAAUGAAAUGUCGAGAUUAUAAUUAUUCUUAUCAAGAAACAAAUAUUAAACAAACAACUAUGCAAGCCCUUGGAGAACCAUCUAAAUCAAAUCCGUUCUUAUCUGGUGGUAUGCUAUAUCCAUGUACAACUAAUAAUCGUGAAACAAUUCAACAUCAAAUGGCCAAUGAUAAUCGUUUGUUAUGGGCAACAUUAACACCACAUGGAACAAGACAUUUUGUACAAGAUUUUCCAUUAGGACAAGAUGGAAAUUACGAAAUUGUUGAUUAUAAACCAAAAUGUCAUACUAUGGGUCGAGAACAAGUAGUAAAGAGAACUCCAAUAAAGUCAUUUGAUAAUAACGGUUUUGUUGACUAUGAUUAUGAAGAUCCAACACCAUUAAUGGAUUCUUAUCACGAUGAUUUAGACUCAGGAUAUCAGGAGCCGCAUGAAGUAAUUGGUACAUUAACAAGAUGCUCACCAAGACCUCUGGUAUCUUCUCCAACACGUAUUGAAAAUCCUAACAUACCACCAUUAAAUAUAAAUCCUCAUCAACAACGUUCUAAUCAAAUGACAGGAACAUUAAAUAAGAAAGGAACAUUGAGUCGCCGUAUAAGCGAUGCGUCAUCAUAUGGCGCUCCUAUGUAAAAUUAAUUAUAUAAAUUCUUAAAAAUAUUAUAUGCAUAAAUAUUAGCUUCAAGUAAAUUAAUAUAAAUUAAUAUUAUAAAAAUUAUAAUAUAAAAAUCUUUAAUGUUCCAUAUUUUUUAAGAAUAUUGAAUUGCAAUUCAAUUUGUUUUUUUUGUUUUAAUUUUCUACUUUAUUUGUUUUUUUUUUUUGUAUUAUUAUGUUGUAGAAUAUUGUGUAAAUGUAUAUUAUUAAUUUUACUUAAUAUUAAUAAGAAAUUAAAUUUAAGAUAUAUUUUUAUUAAUAAUUUUAAUUAAAAUAAGUAAAUUUUAAACUUUUACCUUUAAGUAAAUAUUAUUUUUG